AAAAGUUAUCAUCGCAAUCGAUUGUUGUUGUAAAAUUGUUUACAAAAAAUACAGCAAAGCGCAAAACAUUCCAUUUUCACAAUGAUAAUAUAUAUCUGUCUUGUAUCAUUCGUUUUGUGGGUCGGUUAUAAGUUUAUUUAACUCCCUUUCUCAUCAAAACUAAAAAUGUAAUCUAAAUAGUAUCAUCACCAUACAUUUAAAUUUUAUUAGAAGAUGUAUUAAAAUAUCAACAAUGUCUACAAUUUUCGCUAAUAGAAGUAAAAUUAUAACAGAAAUGAUGAAGUUUUCAUUUCACCAUAGAGCUUUUUAUUGUUAUCUUGGGAUGAGUGUUUGGAUAUUCUUUUUAAUUACAGUUAUGUAUAAGUACAUGUCCUUGGGGGAAGAGACAAUAGCAGCCAAGAAGAUUGUACGCAAUGAAUACUUAUCAAAGAGUGAUGCCAAGUUCCGGAGGAUCUACCUGAGAGCUUGCAACCCUCCAGACAGCAUCGUGAGAGGGUCUGAAGGAGUGGUAGACAGUGACACAUGGAUGCUGCAGGGCGCUUUAGUAGUGACGCGACACGGAGACAGGGGUCCACUGACACAUCUCAAAAACGGUGACAAACUGCCAUGCGAUGCAGACCCCGUCUCACCACUCCUGAAAAGCUACGAGGAGUUCGUAGCCAACUCCAGUUCGACGGGGCGGGCGUGGUGGGUGUCGGUGGCGGGUCCCUUCCACAACUUCCCCUCAUUACCAGCGCGGGCGGCCGGCACUAGGUGCGCGUUAGGACAGCUCACUCCUCGUGGAAUACUGCAGAUGAUCACUGUUGGUAACAUUCUAAGGGAGGCGUACGGCGAUAAACUGAAUUUGGAGGUUGUGGAACCACAGGGCAAAAAGGAUACUGGUGAAGUAAUAUCGUACAGCACCCGCUACCGUCGUACGUACCAGUCGCUGGUGGGGCUGUGGUACGGCGCGGCGCGGGGCGGGGCGGGCGCGCGCGCGGCGCCGGCGCGGGAGGCACACAGCGUCGCAUUCUGCUUCAGAGACUGCGCCUGCGCAGCUCAUCAUGCGCUUAACAAAAAAAUAAACACGCAAGCGAAGAACCGUCUCGAAUCUCACCCAGCAAUCAAGGAGCUAGUCAGCAAACUGUCCAAAGUACUGUUUGAAUCUCAAGAACACCCUGAUGCAGACGUAGUGAGGGACGCCCUCCUCGCGUACAUGUGCCACGACGCCGCCCUCCCAUGCACGGAGAAACCGAAGCCACCAAGUAAGCCAAAACUCUCAUUAGACAAAAAACACAAAAAAUUUCGACCAAACACCAUUCCUUCUAGAAAGAUCUUGGACGUAGACAUAGACACGUUGAAUAUGGAAUUAGACUACAUAAAUAAUCAAAUGGACUUCAAUAACGAAAUAGGUAGAAAAGCGAGGGACAUUAUAGGCAAGUACUAUGACAGUAAGAAGGCCCCUCUAGACUUUGACGCCCAAAUGGAAAGGGAGAAGUUGUUAUACUACCAACAGCGGUACUUGGACAACGCGGACGGUUACGAAGACGUAGUUAUUGUAAAGAAGAAUUUAGACGCAGAUUUCAAUUUUCCGAACGACGCCCGAAUGGACACGGACUUUGACGAAGACUAUAAAGAACCCACCCCAGAGAGUUCCGAAGAUUUCUGCAUCAAAAAGGAACAUGUAAUGUCCUUGUUCGCGUAUUUAGAGUGGAGUUAUCGACAGGAGAUUAAAAACGUGCAUAAUAGAAGAAGAGGACUGCUUGUAGCCUACGGUUUGAUACACAAUAUUGUUCAGAAUAUGAUUCGAAUGAUAUCUGAGAAUAAGCCCAAGUUUGUCGUGUAUUCUGGUCAUGAUAAAACACUGCAAGCAUUGAUACUAGCCCUCGGCCUCCACAACUAUCAACACUACAACAUACAGUACGCAUCACGAAUGAUAUUCGAAGUUUACAGAAAAAAGGAUUUGCGAGACGAAUUCAAAUUCACGAAAAGAAAAGCCAUCGCACAAGAUUUUUAUUUUAGAGUGGUCUACAACGGGGAGGAUGUCACAAAUAGAUUGAGUUUUUGCAAGUCUAAACAGAACGUGGUUAUGAAGGUCGUUGACCCGAUCGAUGACGUAAAGAUUUACAAUACAUAUCUUUGUCCUAUAGAGAAUAUUGUGCGGUUUAUACACGACGAUUAUUUCGCUAGUUUCAACGUGACCAAUUUCAAAGACGCGUGCGCCAGCUAUGGGAACUCGAAACAUAUCUAUUGAUUUUUUAUGUACCUGUCGAUCAUUUUUAUUAUUUAUUUAUGUUUUAAGUACUUUGUAAUUAAGUGAAAGUGCAGCUGCAAAUGAAAUUUUUAUGAGGUAUUUAUUUAUGUAUGUGUACUUAUAUUUAUUUGUAAAUGUUUUACUAUAUGGACUCCAAAAAUUAAUGCAAAAGGCGGAACGACUUUUAUUUUUAAGGCAUCGUUCUUGUAUGGUAGCACUCCUGGCUUUUUCUCAAUGAUAUAGAGGUCGCCACUGAGUCUAAGUCGCCACCGAGUUUAUAAUGAUUACUUAAACUAUUCCUUAGCGAUUUUGUUCCGAAAAUAAUUCGAUUGGGUUAAGUGAACAUUAAAUGACGGCGCUAAGUCAUAUUCGAAUGACUAUCAAAUCAAUACUUCUAUCGAGUAGCUAAUACAACCACUAGAGGGAACAACUCUAUUCCAAUAGGCCCUUUGCGACUUUCAAGACAUUGUUUAAGUUACAAAUAACGAGCGAAGCAAGCAUAAAAUAAUAAUGAAAUAACUGAAAUUAGCUGGUUACUCUCGUGAAUAUACUGAGAAAAGCUCAACUAGUUUCGAGCCACACAGGGACUCUUCGAUGUCGCGUAGCCUAGCGCAGUUAUAGAGCCCGUCUGUGGCUCGAAAUUAGUAGAGAUUGUCUAAGUAUAUUCACGUGAGUAACCCACGAUUAUUUAUUUAAUUUAGUAUGUCUAUUAUAAAUUAUACGAUAGUUAUUAUAAAAAUAAUGAAUUAUUUAAAUUAUUUUGUAAGUAUAAGUACAGGAGGCAUUAAGAUAUUAUGUGACUAAUUUGAGAUUAUUUUUAAUGUAAGAUAACAGAGGCAUAUCAAUUUUGAAUAAAACUUUACUCAUCGUAAUAUGUAUUAUAAUAAUUUAUUAUUAAUAUAAUUUAUACUCGUGAUUAUUUUUCUGAAACCUAGACUUAAUCGAUCUCGUUUUUAAUUUUAUUUUUGUAAGUUAAUUUAUUUUAUUUUAUUCUAUGGUUGUAACUUUUAAUUGUCAUAUGAACAUACAUGAUUUUGGUGAACAUUUUUAAAGCAUAUCAUAGAUAUACGACAUAUAUUUAUGGCACAAAAACAAAUUGUAUAUUACAAUUCAGUUGUAAACGCAAUAUUAUCCUUGAUUUGUACGUAACAGAGGCCUUAGUACGAGUUUGAUUUACGUUUUGAAGUAUUCGAAACGAGUACGCGUUCGGCAUUCUG